ACCCGCUUGGUACACGGCCGACAAAUCGUGGCAGGUAUGGAUAACUGGAUCUUACAUGCUCUCCUUGCGGCUGGGUUGGUGAUACAUGGAUCCAAUGCUGGGGUCACCUCUGGGUACAAUGACAAGGACAGUGUGACCAAGAACAGCGACGACGAUGGGGAGAACGAGUACAGCGGCAAAACCCAAUCACUAGAUACCACCAGUGUCACCAGCGAUGUCACCAAUGUGACCACCAUCACCAGCAUCACCAACCUCACUACUGUUCGUACCACCAGUCUCAAGACCACUCCCUCUAAGCAUAGCCCCACCCCCAUUCUGAGCCCUGGGGGUAGGUUACACACUGGCUGGCUGCUGCUGGCUCUGGGAAUCGUGCUGUUGUUCUGUACGGCGCUGCUGGUGUCCACCAUCACGCUGGCCUGCCAGGUCCGGAACCUCCGCGACCAGCUCAGCUCAGUCUGGCCAGCCUACCCACCCCGUGUAAAUGCCGACGUGAUCAGGCUCAGGAAGCCCAGCGAGGUGAUGGAGACCGAGAGGGAGAAGAUGAUGGAGGAGGCCGAGAACACGGCGGAGAAAACGCUUCGCGUGGAUGCUGACGUCCAGGAGACAGAAGCCGCCGCCGUCCCCACAGCUCCCCCUGCUGACCCCUCCUCAGACUGCGUCCUGAAUGUCUGACCCCACAGCUCCCCCUGCUGACCCCUCCUCAGACUGCGUCCUGAAUGUCUGACCCCACAGCUCCCCCUGCUGACCCCUCCUCAGGCUGCGUCCUGAAUGUCUGACCUGAGAGCCACCUGCUGACACGACGUCACAACGCUAACAAAUGCGCUAACAGUUAAUGCUUCUGUUUAAUUUGCGCCUGAAGGGACAGUCACUGCUUUUCCAUACUUAAUUUUAACUGGGGGAGAUGAGGAAGGCCAAAAUAAUGUUGCCCCUCCACAGGAUAAAGCACGGGGAACUGUUUUCAUUUACCUCCCUAAUUACAGUGUUUGAUAUUAAAAUUAUCUUUCUUACCUUUGAA